UGGGCCAGAUAAUGGCGGGCGCCGGGGAUGAUGCGCGAUCGCUUUUUCAGGCUGGUAUCCGUGCGGCCCUGGAGGCCUGGCCAGCCUUGCAGAUCGCUGUGGAGAAUGGCUUCGGGGGCGUGCACAGCCAGGAGAAGGCCGAGUGGCUGGGGGGUGCAGUGGAGGAUUACUUCAUGCGCAAUGCCAACCUGGAGCUAGAUGAGGUCGAGGACUUCCUCGGGGAGCUGAUGACCAAUGAGUUUGACACUGUUGUGGAGGAUGGGAGUCUGCCCCAGGUGAGCCAGCAGCUGCAGACCAUGUUCCACUACUUCCAGAGGGGUGAUAGAACUGCUCUGAAGGAGAUGGUCUCCCACAUCACUCAAAGAAAGUACAAGGUCACAGCCACUACACUUAGGACAGCCAGACAGACUGAAGAGGAUGAUGAUGCAGACAGCGUGGAAGAGAUGGAGGUCACAGCUAUGAAUGAUGGAGCUGCUACAGAUGGGGCCUGCCCUCAGCCUGAACCCUCUGGUCCAGAUGCCCAGACUAUUAAGGAAGAGGAUAUAGUGGAGGAUGGCUGGACCAUUGUCCGAAGAAAGAAAUGAGUGGGGCUGGGAAUGGUUUGGGCCCUUAUUUGCUAGUUUUGAGACUUGUUUGUAAGGGCUUUUUUGGAGGGUUGAAGACCUCUGGACUGGUUACCCUGUCCCAACCCUCUUUCCUGUUCCCCUGUCCAGCUCUCCAGGGGAACAAAAACCCUAGGGUUUUUGGUCUUGCGGGUGGUGAGACCUAGUCCAGCAAACCCUCUUGGGCCUUAAGUUACCAUCUGAGUGAUGAGGCUGGGUUUCUCAGCAGUGUCUCUUGGGUGUAGUCACUGUGCAGAGGGGGAUGAGUGAGUGUGGGUAUGGCUGGAGGAGUACCUAGAUGCUGGUUAACAGUGGGCAGGUGGAUUUGUGGUGGGAAAAGGCCAGUAGUAAAACCAGCAUUCAGUGCUGAGGGGCUGGCUGGGUCAGGAAUGGUGAGAUAAGCAUGCAGAUGCGAGAUAACAGUUGAAGAUAUGAAUGAAAGUGGCUGUGGAGCUCUUCCUUACCCCACCCCACCAGACACACACACAGCAGCUUUGUACCCUGCCCAGAACUUGGAACCUUUCAGGAAUGCUUGCUUCCUGCAGCCCAGUCUCCACUCCUGGGUUUCCUCAGGAAUUCUAAGACCUUGGCGAGGUGGUGAGCUUGGGAGAGCUGGGCUUUAUUUUCUGUCUCCUACAAUGUCUUUCCUCCUUUAUCCCACCCUGUUUAAGUCCAGGGAUGAGGCUUAAGAUGCCAAUAAAUAAUGCCUCAUUGUUUAAUCUGUGA